AUGAAUGUAUAUGUUAGCAAUGAUUUGCUUGAAGAUCAAUAUUUUUGUUACCAACUCUAAAAUCCUCUAAUUAUUCAUUAAUUUAAUUUAUUGAAUAAUAUGGGAAAUUUUUGUUAGGGAGAUAAACAAUAUGAUAUAAAUUGCCAAGACAAUACGCAUGUUUAUGAGGCUACCAUCAAUUAAUCCACUGUAACCAUCAUACAUGGAAACAUUCUCUAGAAUAACCUAAGAGGAAUAUGUAAAUAGCUCUAUCCUAUACUAGUUAAUGCAUAAAUUGAUCCCAAUUCCUUCACAUUAAUGCAAUUACCAGAAAUGCAACGUGAAUUUCUAAAAUCUAAAAUACCUAUUAUCUAACGAUUACCGCCUGGAGCAUGCCAAUCUGAAUUUAUUAUCAAUCUUAAAAUUAAUUAUUAGGACACUAGAAAGGAAAUAAUAGAGGCUUAUGAACAAAGUUUUGAACUCAUGUUUUAACAUGAAUUAGAAAAUGUUGGAUAUAGAGAAGGUAAGGAUAAAUUUAAAGAUAAGUCUGAAUAAUUAUAUAAUUCAGAAUUUUUAUUAGAAGCAAUUUUCAAUCAAAUUAAAGAAAAUAAAAUGAUUAAGAGUUUUCAGAUAUUUAGUGUUGAUAUGUAGAUCUGCUAAUAAUAUAAAAAUGAAUUAAAAAAGCAAUUACACAAAUAAAUGUCGAAAAAGAAUUUUGAAAGAUGUUCAACAUAGGAAUAACUAAAUGAAUCAUAUACUGAAAGAAUCCUUACUGCCAAUUCUUGUGAUCAAGCUGAUUUUGUCAAUAAAAACUACCUCAAACAACAACUCAAAAGAUCUAUUGCAAAUAAUUAAUAAAAAGAACUAUGA